AGCAGUUAAGUGGUCGAGGAUUGUUGACCGUUUUGUCUAUUUUGGAAGUUGCAUCGGCCCUAAUAGAGACCAAUCAGUAGGCAUGAGCAACAAUCAUUAGAUAGGACGCUGCCUUCUCUAAUACAGGCUUCCUAGUUUGUUAUAUCUACAAAGUGCAUGUAAUGUAGCUUGAAUUAGAAUUUAGUUUGCCACUGGAAUUGAUUUAGCUCACAAUAUGUUUUUUCUCACAUUUCUUAGUAUUGCAAGGAAUAGAUUUUUGCGACCAAGAUAAGUGUAACACUACUUAUCGUCGGUAUUUUAUUCUAUUUUCACUGCAACUCUUUCACAUCACAUCCUCAAAAGAAUGUUUAUCAUCGUUGCCUAAUAUAUAUAUAUGUAGUGAAUUUCGGAACAAGGCAGUGAACCAACGUGAUCUUUAUCGGCGUUAUCAGACAUUUUACUUUUCAAGUGAUGAAUAAUCGCUUCCUUGGACUUGUAUAACAGCUUCCGGUGAAUUCGUAGUAUACGCCUCUAAUAAAACUUUUCUUCAUUUCUCUCGUGGAAACUGUCUUACCUCUUUAGGCUGUGAACAUAUGGCUUUAUGUGGUUAAAGUAUUCACUCCCUUCAGAAAGACAGAUUAAAUCAUAACUUUAUCCAAAAGUAAAAGGCUGUUUGUAGCACUUCCGAAAAUAUAACAGGUAGUUAUCUAACAAAGUAUACUGACAUAAGACGAUGAUCGAUGUGUAUCUUGGUUCCACCCAUGCGGUAGUCACUUCAUUAUUCCGCAUCUUUGGAAUAAACAGUGGUUGUGUUAGAUUAAGUGCAGUUCUACGAGUACGAUCCACGUAAUUACAUAUUUCGGUGCUAUCUAGUACAUUUUGUAUUUAAACUACAUUGAGUUUCUUGUCAUUGCAAUCAUACGUACAGAAAAAUGCGUGCUUAUUGUAAGAUAGUGUAUAGAGUAUGGUUUUUAAAUGCUAUCUUCUAUGCGGAUUUUAACGCUCAGCUUAAUAUAUUUCACUUAAAGCCGGCCACGAAGAAAUACAUUCUCCAAAGAGCAAUGUCUAUUUCAAAGUUUCUAUGUGUAAGCUGAGAAACGUUAACUAGGGUUUGUUUACAAACAAUAAAAUUUAGCGCAACAACAUAACAAUGAUGAUGCUAGUUGGAUUAUUUCCAGCUAAAGAUGUCUGUUAAAAUCGGUUCACACUCAAAAAAGUACUCAAAAAUUGAUUCUCUUUGGUAUUCGAUAAGUCAUAGUAAAUUUGUAUAAGGCUUGGAUCAAAGCGCAACCAGGAAAUAAGAAUUCUUUAUUAUGUGUCAUGCAGCAUAAUUGAUUUGAUAAAAAUAAUAGUAUACAACCGUGCACAAUACCAUUAAAUAAACAUUUUCUUUCAAUAAGAAUAGGUUUUCUUGUUUUAGUCUCCAUAAGUUUGAACAAGAAGUUACGUCGAUUUUGUUUAUCGGACUAUACUCUUUAACCCUACCAGAAUACAUCUUCAGAUAUUUCCUCUGUUCUUUUUCCUGCCACUUACCGCAGUUAUUUGCCUCAAUGUUUUACAGGAAAUGUUUGUUUCGUAUUAAUUAUGGCAAAAAUAACCAACCGUAAAUCACCAAAACAUAUCCAUUCUUCACUGGAGUGGAAUCUCCAGAACAGUGAUCCUAGCUGUAUUAACGAUCCCUACUGGUCUUGGUCAGAUGACCAUAGAUAUCAGAUAGCCAAUAUUGCUCAAGACAAUCAGGUUAAAGUUGUGGUGUCUGUGGAACAAACGCUAUACGAUGUUGCUGAAUUGUUGGAAAGACAGUUAGGUAUUAGUCUUUCUGGAUGCCAAUUUUAUCUUCAAGAUCGUAUCAAGCUUCGUGGAGAGUCUCCACUAGUUGAACAUUGUGUAGAAAUAUCUGGAUUAGUUCAACUAUUGCUUGAGGUUAAAACAGCGAAUGCUGGUUAUCCUUUCCGAAUCAACGUGGUUGACAUUCAAAUACCGGAAUUAGUUGGUCCUAAUGCUUCAAACCCCAAUAUGUCGAUUGAUAAAAGCAAGCGUCCAAGUAUCUCAAAGGGAUCAGGACAACAAGCAUCUAAUACAAACACAACAAAAAAUGAGGAAGGCAGAAGUGAAAACACUCAGUUAUCAAAUACUCAACGACCGUCAAGUCCGAAAGCAGAAUGCAUAUCCCCGCUUACAGUCGCUGCGGCUUUAGCCGCAGCUUCUGAUAUUGCUGCGGGGGGGUCGGGUCUAUUGGAGUCAGCGGUGAGUGAAAAUGGUAUGAAAUCGGAGGAAGAUGUCCCAGAAUCGUACAACAUGACGGAAUCAAUUUCGUCAAGUUGUGGUUAUUUAACAUCUGAGAUUGAAAGUGGAAGUACAGCAGGCACUUAUGAUUUAGAGAAUCUAUCAAAAUGGGUUCCAGAUAACCACUACAGUCGAUUGAUGGAAAUGAAUGAUAUUCCACGCGAUCCUAUCGACUGGAAUUCCACCCAGGUUAUCAUGUGGAUAAAUUGGGCGUGUAAACAAUUUCGAAUUGAAGGUCUGAAAAGUGAAAAGUUGUUCAACAUGCCAGGUUCUAGUAUGUUUAUAUUAACAGCAGAUGACUGGCGACGUCUGGUCCCCAAUGCUAAUGUGAAUUUUCUAACCCACUUGGAAUUACUGAAACGAUGUCGAAAUGUUUGUGUUCCUUAUAAUCCACAACCGCCACAACAAACCACGAACCAAUCACAAAAGCUGUAUAGACAGGUGUCACGGGCUCGUGUACGCAGCUCAAGAAAUUUAACUGAAUCCAAUCAGAGUAGGAAUUUCAAUGGAACAGGUAUUCCCUAUUCAUCACCAUAUUCUGGCGCCAUAACUGCUUACGAUAGAAAUAAUACGAAUUUACGGAUAGUAAAUUCGAAGCCAACCUUUUUAUCGUAUAAUGAUUCAAAUACGCCUGGAAGAAGAACAGUGACGUUGCGAUCAUUUCUGAGUAGUGAAAAUUGUAUAAACCGAAAUCCAGCCAAUUAUGAGACAAUGAAUAAUGGUUUGUAUGAAAUACGUUCAUCAUCGAAUGGUGUUAGUAGUGUGGGUGCUGGUGGGAGUCAGUUGAUACGCGGUCCAUUUAUAUUAACUCAAAAUAAUGGUGGUAAUUCUAUCUCACAAAGAAUUCUAAAUUACCCAUCGUUUUCUGAAUUCGACGCCAGCACUGCAGGACAGGUUCAACUGUGGCAAUUCCUCCUAGAAUUACUUACAGACUGGAGAUAUCGUGAAGCUAUCCACUGGAUCAGUGAUGAUGGCGAAUUCAAAUUAAGUAAUCCAGAAGAAGUUGCUUCUAUGUGGGGUCAUCGUAAGAAUAAACCUGCUAUGAAUUAUGAGAAAUUAUCUCGUGCAUUACGUUACUAUUAUGAUGGUGAUAUGAUUUCAAAGGUUCAUGGAAAACGUUUUGUUUACAAAUUUAUCUGUGAUUUAAAAACUCUUUUGGGUUUCUCAGCUGGUGAGCUGUAUGUGUUAGUGAGGAAUUGUGCCGAUAAGCAUUCGUAUGGUAACAAAAAGCAGCGUCUAACUUCAUCAGAAUUUUAUUCAGGAAUUAGUCAUAACCGACUCUCCCUUUAUCGUGGUGAAGAUGAGGGUUUGGUACCAGUACGCGUAGAACAGGGCCAUCGUGUUAGUUUUUUAGACCCAUCAAUGCAGCACCAGAAUGUGGAUUCGCAAUACUGGCCAGAUGCAACAUCUUCAGAUCCCCUUUCUUACAAUGUCCCAUUUUCACCUAAUUAUCGUAUAAGACAAUCAAAUAAGGCUGAAAACGAAAGGCAUAAUCGAUCGUCAGAAACGACAAUGUCCAGUGAUCCGUCAAUUCGUGAAAGACGCAUACAACGAAAACGAAGUGCUGCGGAUGUAGAGUUACAGGUGAAUACUGCGACAGAUGUUGACAACAUUAUCAUCGAUGAGGGUUGUAUUUACCAAAAUGCUUGUGACAAUAUAGAAGAUCCAGAAAAUGAUGAUUCACAAGCCUGUAGGAGUGCUUGGCGUUCACGGCGUCGUGGGUGGUGGUCUCGUAAUCCUUUGUCGGGUAUUUCACCACUUGCUUCUCCUCCUUAUUCAUCUCCUCCAUUCAAUGAACGUUUAUCGUCAAGCAUUAUACAACAACAGGAUGACAGUAAUGAUCGGUUUAAUGAAUGUCUAGUAGAUCCAAAUACCCAGUUUAAUCAUUCUAAUUUUCCAGUUGAUGAAGAUUGGGUAGCAGCUACCGCUUUAACAGAAGAUAUGGUGAACGGUGGAUCACCUCUUAACUCCUCUUCCUCUUCCUCCUCCUCUCAUUUAAUCACCAGUCCAUUUCGAUCGAGCAGAACAUGUUCUUCUGUACCACAGUCUUCCACUUCCACUUCUGCUAGUGUCACUGUUAGUGGUUAUGAUGAAGGUGAAAUACUUUCAGCAGCUGCAUCUUUAUUCAGUCAAACAGGUCAAUCGGAAACAGACGACUCAUGUUUAUUAGGUGAUCAUGUCAAUGCUGCAACAAAACCGAAAAAUCGGAAAAUGUCUUCAUUUCCCAUUGGUGAUUAUCGUUGUGAUGUUAAAUUGAAGGUGAAGAAGGAAGAAGAAGAAGAAGACGAUGACGAAGCGGAAGUAGAGCACGUAAAGCUAGAGAAUGAUUUGUUUAUUGGUGAUGUGGCGGUGGAAUUUGAUCGUCCACUGAGCAGCAGUAGUAAAUCAGUGUCUAAUCGUCGAUCAUCUAUCCGCUCAUAUGAUGCUAGUGGUCCUGUUUUACUGUCUACCUACAAUCAAGCCAUUAAUAUUGAUGCGUUUUUAGCGCAUUGAAUACAUUGACAAAUGCACAGUGUUGUACUGAGUUGUUGUUCAUUGACUCCUGUCCGCCUCAAAAGCCAUCUCAUCUCAUCCCACUCCAACCCUAACAACCCCCGCCGUGCCCGACAAUAAAAAAACACUACCUGAUAUUGUGAGUCUGAUUUAUAUAACUUUGAUUGUACAUUUAUUGUUUAUCAAAAUAGAUGUUUUCGGAUUUUGUAUUAUAUAUAUAUAAACUAAAACAGAAUCAAAUAACUAUUCAUUCAUUCAUCCACUCUUUUUUUCAUUAUCGUUAUUAUUAUUUUUUUCAAAUUAUUAUUAUUUUUUCAGAGUUAUAUUUUCCGUUGUCUUUAAAGAACAAAUAAUUUGCUCAGGUUUUAUUUUAAAAUGAUUUAUCUUUCAUGUAAUGAGGUGUUUAUAUUGUGCGUGUGUAUAUAUAUAUAUAGGCGUGUUGUUUCUAUGCAUAUAUGUAUAUAUGUAUAUUCCAUAUUUGUGUACAGUACAGUCUCUUCCACAUUUCCUCUCCCGCCCCCCCUCUCUCUUUCGCACACCGGUAUAUCUUGUGAAGACAAUAUGAUCUCGCCUAUGAUCUCUUGUACAGUAGUUCCAGUAUUAUUGAAUUCUGAAGUAGUAGUAAUAGUAGUGUGAUGGUGGUUUUUAGACCCUAACAACAUCACAUACAUAUGCUACUUCGUGGUACAUCAAUUGAGAAAUCCUGCCUGCCUGUCUGCAGUUUGUUUGUAUGUUCAACGCCACGUGAUCUGACCUCGUAUGGCAUUGUUUACACAUCAACGCAUUCCAUUCAUAGUAAUUACUCACAACAAGUGGAUUGUGUUUUCUAAAGAUGUUUUAGCAUUGCUGUAUAUAUAUACAAGAAAGAAGAAUGUGGUCGAGGAAGAGGAGGCUUGUAAAUUCGUUUCAUAAUUCCUGAAUCUCAAAUUUUUUUUACAUAAAGUGGAAUCUAUCACUAAUUAAUUUAUCAAAAGUAUUAACAGUAGUGAUAAAAAUUAUGAUUUAGUUGUUAUUGUCAACUUUUCAUAACAUUUGCAUUUCAUACUUUUAAUAUAAUAAAACUUUUGUAUUAUUUGUAAGAGUACAGCUGUUUUGUAAGACACUAAUUGUCGCCUACCUUGACCUUUCUUUCUAUUCAAUAUACUACUCACACACACAUACAUAGAGAGACAUGCACACUCUACUCUAUCACAGGCCUUGACGUGUGUGAGUUAUCUGCCUGCUGUUACACCUGUAAUCGUAAAAAUGAUGAAUUAAUACCUUGAAGUUCUUUCGGGAAAACUAUUUUGUACAUUUUUUUUACCAUUCUUCGUAUUAUUACUAUUAUUACUGUUAUUGUUAUUAUGACAAAGAUUCAUUUCUUGUUUUGUUUUUUUAUAUAUUUAUAUCGGCGUGCUUUAUUUUGGCGUUAAUCAUUCAUUGUUUAAUUGACAUUUCUCAAAAUCCG